UCCUGUAUACUGGUACGUAUACAAAAUGGUGUUUUUCUGAUGGAUAACGGAGAAAGUGAGCUGAUUGCAAAUUCACUUGAAAAUAAUUGUUGAGUGGAUUUUAAGGCAGUCUGUCUGAUCCCAUGCGUUGCCUUCGGGUGCUUCUUCGAGCCAUGUUGGUGGGGGUACGCAAGGCAGUCCUGCGGGACGUACGGUCCUGCAUCAGCACACAGCUACUGGUCAUCAUCGUCAGCGUCAUGAUGGUGGUCAUCGUCGUCCGUCAGAUGCAGGGCCCGAUGGACGUCGUCAUCAAGGAGGAGAUCCUCCAGACCAAGGAUAUGUUUGCGACGAUGACGCCGCAAGAAACAGAACCAGAAGUUAUAUUCAAGUCUGGAAUGGGAAUAUAUAAUACUUCUAGAAUACCUGCAAUAGUGCACCACAAGGACACCUUCCUUGCAUUCUGUGAAGCUCGUAAAGACACAAGCCAUGACAUCGGCAACAUCCACAUCGUCCUACGGAGGGGUCAGAGGUCAGGGUGGAAGGUCAAAUGGGGUGAAUUACAGGUGGUGGCAUCCAGGCAUGGUUACAGAGCCAUGAACCCUGUGCCGAUCGUUGACAAGGUCCUGGAUGUGAUUCUCCUGGUUUACCAUCUUAUACCCACCUGGGUCAGUCAGUGGAAGCUCAUCAGGGAUGGUGUUUUCAAGCAGCUAGUUAUGGUUACAAGGAGUUUUGAUAAUGGAGAGACGUGGACAAUAGCCAAAGAUAUCACUGCAUCAACGCUAGGACAGAUGAAACCUCCCCCAGCACUAUACGCACCAGGACCUGGGCAUGGUAUUCAGCUGAAAUCAGGAAGACUGCUCGUAGCUGGGAAUUAUUUCGUCAAAGACGAGGUCGGACCACUAUUACAUUAUCUUGAUAAUUUUCACAACACCACCAAUUAUGCUAAUGUGAUCGCCAGUGAUGACAACGGUGAGACCUGGUUCCUUGGCGGGAGGAUACCGUUUGGGGUGGACCCGUUCUGGAGACCGAUCCAUGGAAAUGAAGCAACAGCUGUGGAGAUUGAUAAGGGCCAUGUUUGUAUUAAUGGCCGAACCCUCCACGCUGAUCUGACGCGGGUCGUUGCCAUCAGCGAAAAUGGGGGCGAGACCUUUGGGGCUGGGCGUCUAGCCAGAGAGCUUGUAGAACCGGGCUAUAUUUUAACCGAUGAGAAAUUUGUCAUUCCUGCAAAAGCUGCUGGUUGCCAGGCCAGCAUGAUAGGAUUCCCAGCGCCCCGCCCCUACGUCACCGACUCCGGCACGUGGGUCCUCUUCUCUAACCCCGCGUCGCCCAAGUUUCGUGAGCGCCUCUCGAUACGCCUCAGCAAAGAUGGAUGCAAGACGUGGAGCCCCGCAUGGAACAUAUUUUCAAAUUUCUCUGGCUAUUCGGACCUCACGUACUUCGAGAUGAGAAAUCCAAUCACGGGUCUAAAAUCGCAAAAUUUUGCUGUUUUAUUUGAAGCUGGCAACACAACAUCUCACGAUAGUAUUAUGUUCAAAAUAUUUAAUAUAGAAUCCCUUUUAGGUGGACUAGAUAAAGGGAAAUUAAAAUUUGAUCCAGCAGUUUGAAAUUUUACGUUUUGUAGAUCUGAGGGGUGUUUCACAAAGCUUUAAGCAGGUCUUAGAGUCGCACUUCAAUGCUGAUGCGUUCUAUACCGUACGCAAUAUGGAAUUGAAGUGCGACUUAAGUCACAUUUUUUGUGAAACACCCCCAGGGUUUAUUCAUACUUAGUUCUCCAUGAGAACCUUUUUUAGUGUACUGGCAUUAGGGAGCAUUAGAUUGCAAAAUGAAAUGGUGGACUGCUUCGUAAGUGACGUCAUCUCAAGGCAUUCCGCAUGAGCUGCAUUAUCUCCAACAUUCAUUUGAGAAAUUGAGAAUGUGAAUAUCGCGAUUCUGACUAUCAUGUGCAUGAUGUCAUCGCAAGCCAACUUCUGUGGCCGUUUCACGUUGAGUGCAAUCUAACAGGUCCUAUCUAUGAUAAACAUGUCGUACCUGACUUUGCCAACACAAAUAAGUAUAUACUGGGGUACAGUUUCCAUUCAUUCACUCAGAGAGUCCUUACCGGUCUGAAAUGCUCUAGAUAAAAACUACAUUAUCACAGUUCAUAUUCGUGUUCACAUUGAGUUCAAUUUUUGUCUCCAAGCAACAUGACUACUCCAACAUUAACAAGUGGUAUACUGGAAGGCCGUACUUGUCCACACAUUUUAAAACUUCUUAUUAAUCUUCUUUGGGCACGACAUGUAGAUUUAACUCAGGCAGCCCUUCGUGUUUUCUGUAAAUUGUGAAUUGUGUACUGCCAACUCAUUCACUCACCACAUGGUCUACCUUCAUUUAGUCUAACGCCAUUCCGUCCAACAUUUCGUCUAACAACCAUUUGAUCCAGUGAUCAUUUUGUCUAAUCAACAGUUUGUCUAUGACCAUUUUGCCUCAUAAUCAGUUGGUCUAACAUCCAUUUUUUUCAUUACUUAAUCUAAUUAAAGCAAAUGGUACAUGGACUAAAUGGCUAUUGGACCAGCUGGUUAUUAGAAGAAAUGGGGAGUAGACGAAAUGGCAAUGUGUGGAAAUGUGAUGAACUGAUGGUAGGCCAAAUGAUAGUAGACAAGAUGGCAAUCGGACGAAUUGACAUUAAACCAAAUGAAAAUAAACCGUGUGGGGUGAAUCCGUGACCUCACGUUUGGCUACAGGGGGUGUUUCACAAAGAUAUAAGUAUGACUUAUGGGGUGUUGCAAGAAACUUGCGAUCAAUCGAUCGCAAGUCUAUUUUUGGUCCCUAAAUCAACCGUAUGUCUUGCAGUUCAUUGAAAUUUAGUGAUUGAUUGCUAAUCUGCUCCUUGAAACAAGAAGUUUAAUCCGAUUUGCUACAGCGAACAUUGAUCUAUCAGUUUUAGAUUGCUACAGAACAUUUUCAAUUGAUCGCAAAUAUUUUCUUGCAACACCCCCUUAGAGUCAUUAGAAUAUACCGUAAUUACUUCAAGCAUUCUUAUUUUUUGUAAAAAGCUAUGAGCUGAAAUAGAUAUAUUAGGAUAAUCAUUGAGUAUUGCAAAUGUAAAGUACGCUAAAGUGAAAUAGAAUAUUUAUUAAUAGUCAUCGAUUUUAUAAUCAAGAUGACAACUAUGUAAUCAGUAUCUACUGUGAUAUUUUUUGUUAUUGUCGUUUAAUGUUGUGUGUUGUCGUGAAUUUAUCAUUAUCCUCACCUGGCUCAAAUUCACAAAGGGAUAGAGAUAUUGAAUUGAUGGAACUUUUCAUUAUAAUACAUGUACUAUUCACUCACCUGCGCAUGAAUGAGGCAGCAUAUAUAAACUGACCCCAUUUUGUGCAGCCAGAAGGGCCCGAAUUCACAAAAAGGUGGUUCUGAAAACCCACGGUUGAGUCCAUGGUUUAUGCAGAAUUCCUGUAUAAAUU